AUGGAAGAAGAGAAGAUUUCCUGUUUUCCCCUCUACAAAGCAUCAAUGGCAGGUGAUUGGGAAAAUGCUAAAGACAUUUUGGAGAAACGUAAAGAGAUGGUAAGGUUUAGCAUCAACAGAAACAAUGAAACAGCACUUCACGUUGCUGUGUAUAGAGGAAACACCUUUUUUGUGGAAAAUCUAGUGAGAUUGAUGGAAAACGAGGACUUGGAGCUUCGGAAUAGCAGUUCCAACACUGCUCUAUGUUUAGCAGCUGUAGCUGGACAUGUUAAAGUGGCUGAGAUUCUGGUUAACAAGCACAAGGCCUUGCUCGAUAUUGUUAGGUAA